AUGGCGGAGCCGUCGAGCCCUGUUCGUGGCGCGGCGUCGCCCGAGCAGGAGUCGUUCGGCGCCAGGCCGGCCCCGGAGGCGAAGGUUUCUCGUGGGUCCCAGCCAGCCGCCAAGAAGAUGAAGGGAGCCGAUGAGAGGAGCCUGAAGGGCACUAAGCGCGUCAACGGUGAAGGGGGCGGUGGUGGCGGCAACGGUGGGAGCGGCAAGCAGUCGCUGCCGCUGCCAGCGGUCGUGCCGAGCUACAGCAACCCCGCGGCGUGGGGCUUCCCCGCGCUCCCUUCUGGCCCCUCCGGGAGCGCGGGGGGCUUCGCUUUCCCUUCUCAGCUGCCCCGGAAGCUGCUGUCGCCCGCCGUUUUGCUGCCGUCGUCCGCCUCCCCCUCCUGUUCCUACCAGCAGCACCAGCACCGCCACCACCGGCACCGCCUGGCUCUGGCCGUCGAGGCGGGAGGCUGUGGUAGCGGCGGGGCGGCCGGCGCUGGCGGCGGGAGCGCCAAGCCGAAGAGGCCCAAGGAAAAGCGGGACAAGGAGAGGAGGAAGCACGGGGCCCUGCCCGUGAUCGCGGCGGUGGGAGAUGGCGGCGGGGGCCUGAGUGCGGCAGGCCGGGAGGAGAACGGAGAGGUGAAGCUGCUGUUGCCGAAAGCUCAAAUCAAAGACAAAAUUAAAGAAAGGGAAAAGAAGCAAAAAGAGAAGAAGAAGCACAAAAUAAUGAAUGAAAUCAAGAAAGAAAAUGGAGAGGUCAAAUUAUUGCAGAAAGGUGGGAAGGAGAAACCAAAAACCAAUGUAGAAGAGCUACAGAUUAAAAAAGUUAAGAAGAAAAAGAAAAAGAAACAUAAAGAGAAUGAGAAGAAGAAGCGUCCAAAAAUGUACAGCAAAUCCAUUCAGACCAUCUGCUCAGGAUUGGUUUCUGAUAUUGAGGAUCAGGAAGCCAAAGGCAUCAUAGAUGAUCAUCUUAAGGAUUUCAAUGGGAAAAAUAUGGAUCCCAAGAAGGACUGUGAGUCCAAGAUACCAGAGAACAGUGAGUUUCCAUUUGUCUCGUUAAAGGAGCCACGGGUUCAAAAUAAACUCAAAAGGUUGGACACAUUGGAGUUCAAACAGCUGAUUCAUAUUGAGCACCAGCCUAACGGAGGUGCAUCAGUUAUCCAUGCCUACAGUAAUGAACUCUCCCACUUAUCUCCUGUGGAGAUGGAGAGAUUUGCAGAAGAGUUUGUGGGUCUGGUUUUUAGUGAAAAUGAAAACUGUGCAGCUUACUAUGUAAUGGGUAUUGUUCAUGGGGCAGCUACUUAUUUACCUGACUUUUUAGACUACUUUUCGUUUAAUUUUCCCAAUUCACCAGUGAAAAUGGAGAUUUUGGGAAAGAAAGAUAUAGAGACAACGACUAUGUCAAAUUUUCAUGCUCAGGUAAAAAGAACAUACUCUCAUGGUACGUAUAGAGCUGGCCCAAUGAGACAGAUCAGCCUGGUUGGAGCAGUUGAUGAGGAAGUGGGGGAUUACUUCCCUGAAUUCCUUGAUAUGUUGGAAGAAUCACCCUUCUUAAAAUGUACACUGCCAUGGGGAACACUUUCUAGUUUAAAAUUAGAGAGUCGUAAAGACAGUGAUGAUGGUCCCAUUAUGUGGGUACGUCCAGGAGAACAGAUGAUCCCUGUGGCUGACAUGCCAAAGUCACCUUUCAAAAGAAAGAGAACUACCAAUGAAAUAAAAAACUUGCAGUACCUACCUCGAACCAGUGAACCCCGUGAAAUGCUAUUUGAAGACCGGACACGAGCCCAUGCAGAUCACAUAGGACAAGGUUUUGAACGACAGACUACAGCUGCUGUGGGAGUAUUGAAGGCUGUGCACUGUGGAGAGUGGUCUGAGCAGCCUCGUAUAACCAAAGAUGUAAUUUGUUUUCAUGCUGAAGACUUCUUAGAGGUAGUUCAGCGAAUGCAAUUAGAUUUGCAUGAGCCUCCACUCUCACAGUGUGUCCAGUGGGUUGAUGAUGCAAAACUUAAUCAACUGCGAAGGGAAGGCAUUCGAUAUGCCAGAAUUCAGUUAUUCGAUAAUGACAUUUAUUUUAUCCCAAGGAAUGUUGUGCACCAGUUCAAAACAGUUUCAGCUGUGUGCAGUUUGGCUUGGCACAUCCGGCUGAAGCUAUAUCAUUCAGAGGAAGAACUUUCUCAAAAUACAAGUACUGUUGAAGCAGGGACCUCUGCAGACCCCAAGUCUUCGGUUAUUGGACUUCAGACUGACAGCAGAAUUUGUACGAUGAGCAAAAAUACCUCCGAAGACACCAAAUUUUCAGAUGUUCUGCAGACAAAGUAUCUGCAGCAGGAAUUUAUGCCGAUAAAACACGAACCUAUUGCAUCUCACCGAAUAAAGGAAGAACCCAUGAAUGUUGAUCUUGCUGAAAAGCCAGUGGCACCUAAUGACAUCGGGGGCCAGAAUGUUCAGACUAGAUUGGACCACGUUGAAUUGACGGCAUUUAAGUUGGAAAUGGAUUCUAAGUUUGAACCUGGCAACAAGGACUUACAAGGCAAGUUGUGCCCUGGAGGUCAUAUACAUCCAGAUGAUACAAGACAACAUAGUUCAUCAUACCCAAAACUGCAUGGACAAAGAGAGGAUGAUUUUUUGUGCUAAAUUUGUAUAUAUGGUUUUAAAUUCCUUUUUAAACUUAAUGAUGUAAUAAUGUAAAGAUUCAUAAAUUCUGUGAGGCAAGUUUGUGACUUGCCUUCGCAUCUGUUACAGAAAAUAGUUAUGUAGCUUUGUAACAUUCCUCAGUGCCUGUCCAUAACUGUGAAGUAUCAAAGCACUUAGGGCCAGAUGCACUGUAAACACUGCAGGUUUAACAUAAAGAAGUCUUUAAAUAAUUUUGAGUUGUAGGUUUUAGAGUAGAGCUGACAUUUAACAUAUAUAUUUUUUGUAAGAUGAGCCAGAAUUCUUUUUGACAAUUCCAGGCUUUUCCAUAGAGCUUAUUUAUACCAAUUUUUUCAUUUUAAAUGUGUCAGCACUGUAGUGUAAAUAUCUUUUUUAAAAAUCUUUUUAGUGUGAUUUAUACUGAAAUGUGAGCCACUUAAUAAAGGUUCAUAAUAACA